GGGAGGGAGGGAGGAACGGUGGACUGUAGCUGGGAUUUAAAUGCGCGUUCAUAACCACGGUGCCAGACGCAGAGCUGCUGUGGCUCCGGUGGCGCACAACAUGAAGUAAAUCACUACAUUUGGAACAACUGGAGAAAUUUCAAAAAGGAAGUUUUAGGAGGAGAAGCAGCGAUGGGGGUCGUAGUCAACGCUGUGGCUACUUUCGGUGCCUUCAUUACUGGUAUCAUGAACUUUUUCACUGAUUUAUUUCUGACAUCACCGCUGAAAGCAACCAUCAAACAUUUAGAGGAAACUGAGCUCAAAACUCUGAGAGGAGAGAUAAAGACUUUGAAGGCUAGGUCUCUGUGGGAGAAGACUGGAGCUGUCAUCAUGGCAGUCCGGCGGCCUGGAUGAUUUUUGUGCAGAGAGGAGGCUGCAGAGCUGUCCUCUCUGAAACCCCAGCUGGACGAGCUCGGGGUUCCUCUGUACGCUCUGGUGAAGGAGGACGUCGGCACCGAGGUCCAGAACUUCAGACCGUACUUCAAGGGGGAAGUCUUCUUGGAUGAAAAGAGACGCUUUUAUGGGCCCCGUGAGCGUAAGAUGGGUCUCCUGGGGUUCAUGCGUGUCGGUGUGUGGUUGAACGGCUUGAGGGCCUUCCAGAAGGGCUUCAUGGGGAACGUUUUAGGGGAGGGAUUUGUCCUCGGUGGGGUCUACGUCAUUGGGCGAGGACAGCAGGGAAUUCUGCUGGAGCACAGAGAGAUUGAGUUUGGAGAUAAAGUCAACAUUGGAGAUGUGAUCCAAGCUGCCAGAAGGAUACCGCAGGAACUUCUGCCUCUGGAAAACAAAUAAUGCUUUGUGUUAUUAGAACCUCAUGUCUGUAAACCCCCCCCCCCCAAAAAAAAAAAAGCAUCUUACAGUCCCAUAUAUUGUAGAUUGCAGAGAAAGUUUAAGACUAUAUAAGAUUUACAAAUGUAAUAAUAUAUAACUUGAAGGGUAAAGAAUUUCAUGAUACAGAUCAUAUGUGAAAGUUUGUCUGAAAAUGACUUAAAAAAAACUAAAGGAAGUGCACAAUAGACAUGUUGAUGUACUGGUUACUGAGACCAGGAUGCAUUUAGUGGUAUGACUGGUCCUGGUAUGAGGAUCCAAGUGUGUUAAUGACGGUUUGACUUUAAACUCAACAGAGGAAGCAGACUUGAUGUCUAACACUCUGUUUUCUUUCAUACUGUGUUUGUGAUACCACGGUGUUAUCUUGGGAGCAAAGAACCAAUAAAAACACGUCUUUGCACUGCA